CUCAGGACCAAACCCUUUCCAAACGGCAAUGCCUCGGGAGACAGAAAUGCCCGGCAACGAGAGUCCGACAGAGCCUGAGUCUGACAAGCCGGAGAAAACCUGCGAGUCUCCCAAUGUCACCAUUUCCGGGGCUGAAUGUCCUCGUGGAAAAUACCUCACGGGAUGGAGAUUAUCAGCUCUUCUGUUAUGUCUGGGAGUGAGCACCUUUCUUACGGGGCUGAAUGAAAGUCUGGUCGCCACGGCGAUCCCUAAGAUCACUGCUCAUUUCCAUUCAGUUGAUCAAAUGGGCUGGUACGGAACAGCAUAUUUCCUAUCUUCAUCUUGUUCGAUCCUUUUUUUUGGCAGACUAUACAACCAGUACCCAGCGAAGCCAAUCUUGGUCGGCUCAAUCGCCUUGUUUGAGGUCGGCUGCCUGGUCAGCGGAACCGCGACGACUUCUGCGGCCUUCAUAGUGGGCCGGCUCUUGUCUGGCUUUGGCUGUGCUGGGAUGAACACGGGCUGCUUAACAGUGCUUGCCCAUGCCGUUCCUCUUGAGCGACGACCCAUUUUUUCCGCCAUUAUCGAUGGCGGCUAUGGCGUUGCCUCGUCCUGUGGCCCACUGGUCGGCGGAGCGAUCACAAGUCGGGUCUCGUGGCGAUGGUGCUUUCUCGUCAAUACCCCCCCGGGUGCCCUGUGCAUUCUCGUCAUCCUGUUGGUCUAUCGAGACCAGUAUAUCCCCGCCGGUCGAUCAGAGCGGCUGGUGACGCAGAUUGCCUCCUUAGACCUGGUGGCUACCCUUCUUUUCGCAGCGACGGUGGCUUGUCUGAUUCUACCGCUACAGUGGGGGGGCAGUACCUUCCCAUGGCAUAGCGCCAGGGUGAUUGUCUUGUUCAUCUUGUUCGGCGUCUUCCUGGCCACCUUGAUUGUCCAUCAAGUCUGGCGGGGAGAGGCUGCGAUGAUCCCCAGCCGAGUGAGCCGGAAAAAAGAGAUGAUUGGUGCACCUCUGUAUGCCUUUUUUGUCGGAGGCACCGCCAAUCUCCUCGAGUACUAUCUUCCAAUUUGGUUUCAGGAGGUUUGGUUUGUCAGUCCCCUGCGAUCGGGCAUAUAUACCAUUCCCAUGGUGGCCGGAUUUGUCGUCUUCAGUCUUGUCGCCGGGUUUGGCGUUUCUUCCACUGGAUACUAUCUGCCGUUCAUGUACUUGGGCAGCUGCGCGCUCAUUGCCGGUUCAGCGCUCCUGACCACGAUCCAUCCGGCGUCGCAGCUGGCCUCCUUGAUUGGCUUUGAGAUUCUCAUUGGUGUUGGGGGUGGUUCCGGAAUCCAGCAAGCGUAUUUGGUUGCUCAGACGGCCUUGGCUACCCAGGACGUCGCCAUUGGCCUCGCAGUCAUUGUUCUGGCACAGACCCUGGGCGGGGCGGUUUUGCUGUCCAUCACGAGCAGCAUCGUUCAGGGUCGACUGGAGACUGCAACCAACGGCGGCGACCCGUCGGUCAUCAGUAGGGCCAUUAUCCCUGCAUUUUAUCUCGCCAUUGCGGCCGGGGUGGGCUCCCUUGUGUCUCUGCUACUGCUGAGAAUGAGAUCAAUUAAAGGAACCGCGAGCGACUCCAAGUAGCCUGAGUUCUUUUGGGGGAACCCUUUUCAGUAGACCAAGGAAAACGCACCGGAGUCUUCCGCGACUUCGUAAGGAAGAUUGACUCCUCUUGAUUGGCGAGCUACUGGAAAGAAGGAUCUACGGAGUAGUAAUGGCAGGUUUUGCGCGAGAGGGCAGUGUUAAGAGGUUGAUGGUGGCUAAUGACUGCUACUAUAGCAGGCUAGCCGACCGCACAGAGACGAUAUGAGAGAAAUUUGGAGAGAGAAGUAAAGAGAGAGUUUGCCAACCACUGACAGUAGACGUGCC